GUGCUCUCUCUUUUCUUCCUUCUGCCUCCUUCACUCCCUCAGACUCAGAUAAGUAGCUCCUCAACUGCGGCUCUUCAAUCUCACAGGACUAGGAACCCGUCGUAAUCAGGAAGAAGGCACCCAACGCCGCCGCCAAGAAGUACGAGAAAGCCGUCAACGCUGCUCGCCGUGCCGGUGCCGAGAUCGAAACCGUCGAGAAAGCAUGUAGGUGAGCCCAUAAAUCGGCCCAUCAACAUCUUCAACAAGCUUAGAGAGAAGCUCUUCACUGACGGCCAUGGCUUCAAGGUUGCUUCCGCUGAGAAGGCUCUCGAGGCUUCUUCUUCUCAAGCCUCCAUCUUCGAAUUUCCGAACAAGCUCCUCUCUUCUUCUAGAAGCUUCGAGGUCUCUUCACCUCUCUGAUACUAGCCAUGGACCUCUCCAUUGGAUUGCUUCCAGAAGCUUCUGUUCUUCUCCCCCUUUGAAUCUCAACGAAGGCCCCGCCGCUAUCGAUUACAGUUCUGUACUGCAGGAGGAUGAAUUUCAUAAGCUAGCUGAUUCUACAAUACAUGACCUGCAAGAGAAAUUCGAGGGCCUACUUGGACAGGAAUAUGGAGAUAGUGUUCAAGUUGAUGGCUUUGACAUAGACUAUGGGAAUGAGGUAUUGACCUUAAAGCUUGGGGAUUUGGGCACCUAUGUUUUGAACAAACAAACACCAAAUAGGCAAAUUUGGUUGUCUUCCCCAGUGAGAAUGUCAUGGAGCAUAAAUAUGGUCUGCCAUGUAAUAACCAUCUUGACAAUGGUCCUUUUAGAUUCGAUUGGGAUCGGGAUGCUGAAGCUUGGAUUUACAGGAGGACGAAAGUUAAGUUAUUGACACUUCUAGAAAGUGAGAUGGAGCAAUUGUGUGGUGAAGCCAUCAGCCUUUCAUAAACCCUGCAAAAGUGCAGUGAGAUAUUAAAGUUUCUGUUGGAAUUUUCUGUAAUGUGUAUGUUAGUAAGAUCAGUUAUUUCCAUUUUUUUAGAUUUGUAUCAUUUGUGAUGGUUAUCUUUCCAUGAAUAAAGUACGAGAAUGAGAGCUGGAAUGGUAGAAUAUAUACAUUGCCGGUGAACAUGGAUUUAGUCAGAAACUGAAUAGUAGACAUGGAUGUUGUAGAUCGCAAGUGGGGUGUCAAAUCUCUUUUCAUAAUGGCCGGAAUAAGAAACGAGGAAAUUCGAAUUA